AUGGACGAGCUCCCAGCCGAAGUGCGGGACUACCUGCGCCAGCACCCGACCCUGCGGCUCCAGCCCGGCGGCGCCAGGGUGACAUGCUCCCUGACCGGCCACGAGCUGCCCUGCCGCCUGCCGGCGCUCCAGCUCUACACCCGCGGCCGCAAGUACCAGCGGCUGGUGAGCGCAGCGCCCGCCUUCGACUACGCCGAGUUCGAGCCGCACAUCGUGCCCAGCACCAAGAACCCGCACCAGCUCUUCUGCAAACUCACUCUCCGACACAUCAACAAGUGUCCGGAGCACGUCCUCAGGCAUACCCGGGGCCGCCGCUUCCAGAAGGCGCUGCGCCAGUACAAGGAAUGCCAGGAGCAGGGAGUGGAGUACGUCCCGGCCUGCUUGUUACAUAGGAGGCGGCAGCAGCAGGAGGAUCACACCAACGGGGGGCAGCCUGGCGGGAGAGGAGGUUUCUGGGAGCCUGAAUCCAGUGAUGGAGGUUCCCAAAGUGACGACAGCAUGACAGACCUGUACCCACCUGAGCUGUUCCCCAGAAACGACCUGGGAGGGACCGACGACUGUCUGAUGGACACUGAGGAUGACAGGAAUACACCAGGCUCUGGGAGCAGAGGGCAGGCGACAGAAGCCAGCCAGACGGUGGCCCAGAAGCGCAGGAAGACACAGCUAGGCUCCCUGAGGAAGAAGGUGAAAGGCGGCCACUUGGGACCAAGGAGCUUCCAUUCCAAGAAGCAUUUGAGCUAG